AUGCUUUCACGGGAUAAUGUUGAGCAUGAGGCCACUAAAGAUGGUAAAUGUGACGACUCACUAAGGGAAGAUGAAUCAGAAACUUUGUCUGAUAUUAGUGAUUGUGAUGUUGAUGUGUAUCUUCACAAUGAGGAGGAGAAGCAUAUCAAGAAGAUACUGUGGGAAAGAGUUAACCGAGUGUAUAUUAUGGAACAAGCAGUCAAGGAAACAGUUGCAGCAGCUAAUAAGGAAGCUUUUGCGGGAAAGUUUGAGAACUGUUCAAAGGAUUUACUAGCAGCAAGAGAGCUUGCUGCAUCUGGUGCUGCAGCUACGGCAAAAUCCAGAAAGCGAAUGAGAGGAGCCCAUGACGCAAAAAAUCUAGCACCAGCUCAAUCUGCUGUAGAGUCCUUCGGCCAAAUGUCUAAUGCAAAAAAGAGUCUCAAAUCUAAAGUCAAUUUUGAUCGCCUGGAGGAGUUAUUUAAUGAUAUGGAAAAAGAUGAGAUGUGCGGAUGA